CGGGCGGGCGCGCGCGCGAGACUUACCCUCACUCGGCGGCGGUGGCGGCGGCGGCUUCUUUGUUUCGUGAGGAGAGGCGAGACGCCCACUCUGCCCCCGGCCCCGCGCGGAGGGGCGGGGGCGGCGCCGGGAAGGCGACGGCGCCGGCGGCUCUCGGAGACCACUGUGUGCGGCUCCUGUGACGAUGUCCACUCCAGACCCACCGCUGGGCGGAACUCCUCGGCCGGGCCCUUCCCCGGGCCCCGGCCCCUCCCCUGGAGCCAUGUUGGGCCCUAGCCCGGGUCCCUCACCGGGCUCUGCCCACAGCAUGAUGGGGCCCAGUCCGGGGCCUCCCUCAGCAGGACACCCCAUCCCAACCCAGGGACCUGGAGGAUACCCUCAGGACAACAUGCACCAGAUGCACAAGCCAAUGGAGUCCAUGCAUGAGAAGGGCAUGUCAGAUGACCCCCGCUACAGCCAGAUGAAGGGAAUGGCGAUGCGGUCGGGGGCCCACGCAGGGAUGGGGCCGCCGCCAAGCCCCAUGGACCAGCACUCCCAAGGUUACCCUUCUCCCCUGGGCGGCUCUGAGCAUGCCUCCAGUCCAGUUCCAGCCAGUGGCCCGUCCUCAGGCCCACAGUUGUCCUCUGGGCCAGGAGGGGCCCCCCUGGAUGGUGCCGAUCCCCAGGCUUUGGGCCAGCAGAACCGGGGCCCGACUCCAUUUAACCAGAACCAGCUGCAUCAGCUCCGAGCCCAGAUCAUGGCAUACAAGAUGCUGGCCAGGGGGCAGCCCCUCCCCGACCACCUGCAGAUGGCGGUGCAGGGGAAGCGGCCAAUGCCCGGGAUGCAGCAGCAGAUGCCAACACUACCUCCACCCUCUGUGUCCGCAACGGGACCUGGCCCCGGCCCUGGCCCUGGCCCUGGCCCGGGUCCGGGACCAGCACCUCCAAAUUAUAGCAGGCCUCACGGUAUGGGAGGGCCCAACAUGCCCCCCCCCGGACCCUCAGGCGUGCCUCCUGGGCUGCCAGGUCAGCCUCCCGGAGGGCCUCCCAAGCCUUGGCCUGAAGGACCCAUGGCGAAUGCUGCUGCCCCCACGAGCACACCUCAGAAGCUGAUCCCCCCACAGCCAACGGGCCGCCCCUCACCUGCGCCCCCCGCCGUCCCGCCCGCUGCCUCCCCAGUGAUGCCGCCCCAGACGCAGUCGCCGGGGCAGCCUGCCCAGCCUGCCCCCAUGGUGCCAUUGCACCAGAAGCAGAGCCGUAUCACCCCCAUCCAGAAGCCGCGGGGCCUGGACCCUGUGGAGAUCCUGCAGGAGCGGGAGUACAGGCUGCAGGCUCGAAUCGCACACCGAAUUCAGGAACUUGAAAACCUUCCCGGGUCCCUGGCCGGGGAUUUGCGAACCAAAGCGACCAUUGAGCUCAAAGCGCUCAGGCUGCUGAACUUCCAGAGGCAGCUACGACAGGAAGUGGUGGUGUGCAUGAGGAGGGACACAGCCCUCGAGACGGCCCUCAACGCCAAGGCCUACAAGCGCAGCAAGCGGCAGUCCCUGCGUGAGGCCCGCAUCACCGAGAAGCUGGAGAAGCAGCAGAAGAUCGAGCAGGAGCGCAAGCGCCGGCAGAAGCACCAGGAAUACCUCAAUAGCAUUCUGCAGCAUGCCAAGGAUUUCAAAGAAUAUCACAGGUCGGUCACAGGCAAAAUCCAGAAGCUCACGAAGGCGGUGGCCACCUACCAUGCCAACACGGAGAGGGAACAGAAGAAGGAAAAUGAAAGAAUUGAGAAAGAGAGAAUGCGGAGACUCAUGGCUGAAGAUGAGGAGGGGUACCGCAAGCUCAUCGACCAGAAGAAGGACAAGCGCUUGGCCUACCUCUUGCAGCAGACAGAUGAGUACGUGGCUAACCUCACGGAGCUGGUGCGGCAGCACAAGGCUGCCCAGGUCGCCAAGGAGAAAAAGAAGAAAAAGAAAAAGAAGAAGGCAGAAAAUGCAGAAGGACAGACGCCUGCAAUCGGACCUGAUGGCGAGCCUCUGGAUGAGACUAGCCAAAUGAGUGACCUGCCGGUGAAAGUGAUCCACGUGGAAAGCGGGAAGAUCCUCACGGGCACCGACGCCCCCAAAGCAGGGCAGCUAGAGGCCUGGCUUGAGAUGAACCCGGGAUAUGAAGUAGCUCCAAGAUCUGAUAGUGAAGAAAGUGGCUCAGAAGAAGAGGAGGAGGAGGAGGAGGAGGAGCAGCCACAGCCGGCACAGCCUCCCAACCUGCCCGUUGAGGAGAAGAAGAAGAUUCCAGAUCCAGACAGUGAUGACGUCUCGGAAGUGGACGCCCGGCACAUCAUUGAGAAUGCCAAGCAAGACGUGGAUGACGAGUACGGCGUGUCCCAGGCCCUUGCUCGGGGCCUGCAGUCCUAUUAUGCCGUGGCUCAUGCUGUCACUGAGAGAGUGGAUAAGCAGUCAGCACUUAUGGUCAAUGGUGUCCUCAAACAGUACCAGAUCAAAGGCUUGGAGUGGCUGGUGUCCCUGUACAACAACAACCUGAAUGGCAUCCUGGCGGACGAGAUGGGUCUGGGGAAGACCAUCCAGACCAUCGCUCUCAUCACGUACCUCAUGGAGCACAAGCGGAUCAAUGGACCCUUUCUCAUCAUAGUACCUCUCUCCACGCUGUCAAACUGGGCAUACGAAUUUGACAAGUGGGCCCCCUCUGUGGUGAAGGUGUCCUACAAGGGUUCUCCAGCAGCCAGGCGCGCUUUCGUCCCCCAGCUCCGGAGUGGCAAGUUCAACGUCUUGCUGACGACUUAUGAGUACAUCAUUAAGGACAAGCACAUCCUUGCAAAGAUCCGUUGGAAGUACAUGAUCGUUGACGAAGGCCACCGAAUGAAGAACCACCACUGCAAGCUGACACAGGUCCUCAACACUCACUACGUGGCCCCACGCCGCCUGCUGCUGACAGGCACGCCGCUGCAGAACAAGCUUCCCGAGCUCUGGGCGCUCCUCAACUUCCUGCUGCCCACCAUCUUCAAGAGCUGCAGCACCUUCGAGCAGUGGUUCAACGCACCCUUUGCCAUGACCGGAGAAAAGGUGGACCUGAACGAGGAGGAGACGAUUCUCAUCAUUCGUCGUCUCCACAAAGUGCUGCGGCCCUUUCUGCUCCGGCGGCUCAAGAAGGAAGUCGAAGCCCAGUUGCCUGAGAAGGUGGAAUACGUCAUCAAGUGUGACAUGUCCGCCCUACAGCGCGUGCUCUACCGGCACAUGCAGGCCAAGGGGGUGCUGCUCACCGACGGCUCCGAGAAGGACAAGAAGGGCAAAGGCGGCACCAAGACCCUGAUGAACACCAUCAUGCAGCUGCGGAAGAUCUGCAACCAUCCGUACAUGUUCCAGCACAUCGAGGAGUCCUUCUCCGAGCACUUGGGGUUUACCGGUGGCAUCGUGCAAGGGCUGGACCUGUACCGAGCCUCGGGGAAGUUUGAGCUUCUCGAUAGGAUUCUUCCCAAACUCCGUGCCACCAACCACAAAGUGCUGCUGUUCUGUCAGAUGACCUCCCUCAUGACGAUCAUGGAAGAUUAUUUUGCGUAUCGCGGUUUUAAAUACCUCAGGCUUGAUGGAACGACAAAAGCGGAGGACCGGGGCAUGCUGCUGAAAACCUUCAACGAGCCCGGCUCCGAGUACUUUAUCUUCCUACUCAGCACCCGCGCCGGGGGGCUCGGGCUAAACCUCCAGUCGGCCGACACUGUGAUCAUCUUCGACAGUGACUGGAACCCCCACCAGGACCUGCAAGCCCAGGACCGCGCCCACCGCAUCGGGCAGCAGAACGAGGUGCGGGUGCUCCGUCUCUGCACGGUCAACAGUGUAGAGGAGAAGAUUCUGGCCGCCGCCAAGUACAAGCUCAAUGUUGACCAGAAGGUGAUCCAGGCUGGCAUGUUUGACCAGAAGUCCUCCAGCCACGAGAGGCGCGCCUUCCUGCAGGCCAUCCUCGAGCACGAGGAGCAGGACGAGAGCAGACACUGCAGCACGGGCAGCGGCAGUGCCAGCUUCGCCCACACUGCCCCUCCGCCAGCGGGCGUCAACCCCGACUUGGAGGAGCCACCUCUAAAGGAAGAAGACGAAGUGCCCGACGACGAGACUGUGAACCAGAUGAUUGCCCGGCACGAGGAGGAAUUUGACCUGUUCAUGCGCAUGGACCUGGACCGCAGGCGCGAGGAGGCCCGAAACCCCAAGCGGAAGCCGCGCCUGAUGGAGGAAGACGAGCUCCCCUCGUGGAUCAUCAAGGACGAUGCUGAGGUGGAACGGCUGACCUGUGAGGAGGAAGAGGAGAAAAUGUUCGGUCGCGGCUCCCGCCACCGCAAGGAGGUGGACUACAGCGACUCGCUGACGGAGAAGCAGUGGCUCAAGAAAAGCGACAGGAAGUACAUCCAGGACAUAGUAAGCAAAAACGCCAUCGAGGAGGGCACGCUGGAGGAGAUCGAAGAGGAGGUCCGGCAGAAGAAAUCGUCUCGGAAGCGCAAGCGGGACAGCGAUGCCGGCUCCUCCACCCCGACCACUAGCACCCGCAGCCGUGACAAGGACGACGAGAGCAAGAAGCAGAAGAAGCGCGGGCGGCCACCCGCCGAGAAGCUCUCCCCAAACCCUCCCAACCUCACCAAGAAGAUGAAGAAGAUCGUGGACGCUGUGAUCAAGUAUAAGGACAGUAGUAGUGGACGUCAGCUCAGCGAGGUAUUCAUCCAGCUGCCCUCCCGCAAGGAGCUGCCCGAGUAUUACGAGCUCAUCCGCAAGCCUGUGGACUUCAAGAAGAUAAAGGAGCGCAUCCGCAACCACAAGUACCGCAGCCUCAAUGACCUGGAGAAGGAUGUCAUGCUGCUGUGCCAGAACGCUCAGACCUUCAACCUGGAGGGCUCCCUGAUCUAUGAAGACUCCAUCGUCCUGCAGUCAGUUUUCACCAGCGUGCGGCAGAAAAUAGAGAAAGAAGAUGACAGUGAGGGCGAGGAGAGCGAGGAAGAAGAGGAGGGCGAGGAGGAAGGCUCUGAGUCUGAGUCCCGCUCGGUCAAAGUGAAGAUCAAGCUGGGCCGGAAGGAGAAGGCACAGGAUCGGCUGAAGGGGGGCCGGCGGCGGCCAAGCCGCGGUUCGCGGGCCAAGCCGGUGGUCAGCGAUGAUGAUAGUGAAGAGGAGCAGGAGGAGGACCGCUCAGGAAGUGGCAGCGAGGAAGACUGAGUCCCAACAUUCCAGAGUCUCGACCCCGGGCCCCUGGUUCCAGAGCCGAGGCGGCGUAGCCCUUAGCAGUAACGGGUAGCAGCAGAUGUAGUUUCAGCCUGGGGGUAAAAACUGUAUAAACGAAAAGCUUCCAUAUUUAUACAGCAGAGAAGAUGUAGGACUGUUUGUGUCUGGCCCUGUCCUGGCGUCAGUAGCGUUUGUAACGGCAUUAACUGUUGAAAACAAGAAUUAGGACUCGGGGAACACGCGACACCCGGUUGUCUCCUUUCCCGGCAGUACCGUCGUGGCCGCAGUUGGGAGUCACUGUAGUUUCAGCCGUGGGUGCACGCGUGUAGCCGUCCACCCCUCGUACUGUAUUCUGCGGGACAGGUCAGACCCGCUGGGGCCGGGGGCCACAGGCCCGGUGGGGGUAUGUCAGUGUCACUGGAUGUCAAACAGUAAUAAAUUAAACAGACCACAA